UGAGGCUUCUUCCCUUCUGUUCUAGGCUAUGGCUUCUGAGGCUGCUGUCACUGUGGAACUCUGAAAGCCAUGAGAGGAGGAGGAGGAGCCUGGUGCCUUUGAUUUUCCUGGGUGGCACAGGAGGACUAGCUGUGCCUAGCUGGGCAGAUCUCAAAGGAUGCCAUGUCCCAUACGAAAGGCCUCCAGUCCCCACCUCUCACCCCAGUUUCCUGGUUCCUCCCAAGCCUGUUCCCUGCCUUCAACGUAGUCCUGCUGGUCACUUUCAGUGGUCUCUUCUUCGCAUUCCCUUGCAGGUGGCUGGCUCAGAGCGGGGGAUGGGUCGUUCCGGCAGUCACAGGCCCCCUCUUCGUCCUCACCUUCUUCAGUCUCAUCUCCCUCAACUUCUCAGACCCUGGCACCUUACAUCAAGGCUCCCUAGAGGACCCCAUGAUGGUCCAUGUGGUGUGGGUGAACCGCAGGGCCUUCCGCCUGCGGUGGUGCCCAAGGUGCUGCUUUCACCGCCCCCCUCGGACCCACCACUGCCCCUGGUGCAACAUCUGUGUGGAGGACUUUGACCACCACUGCAAGUGGGUCAAUAACUGUGUCGGUCACCGCAACUUCCGCGCCUUCCUGCUGCUCGUCGUGUCCCUGUGCCUCUACUCCAGCACCGUGCUGGCCGCCUCCCUGGUGUUCCUGGUGCGCAACAGCCACCUGCCCUUCAACCUGGACAAGGCCAUGGCCCUGGUGGUGGUGAUCCCCUCCGCUGGCUUUCUAGUGCCGCUCUUGGUGCUGCUGGUGAGCCAGGUCCUCUCGGUGAGCACAGCUGAGCACUCCUACGAAGGCCAGUGCAGAGACCUUCAAGGAUACAACCCCUUCAACCAGGGCUGUGCCAGGAACUGGUACCUGACACUCUGUGCACCGCUGGGACCCCGGUACAUGUCUGACGCUGUCUGGCUGCAGAGACCCGUGGGGCCCGAGGGGGUGCCCACGCCAGCCCCGCGCCCACCGCCGUGCCCCUGCGCUCACUGUCACCUACCUCCCCCGGGGACCCCACCCCAGCCUCUGGGCCACUGCCCAGGAAAGGGGCCCCCGGGGGGCGGGGAGGCUGCCACUCUUCAGGAGGCAGGGGAUUGGCUGUGCGCCGAGGGACACACAUUCCCACUCUGUCUAGCUGCCCACUGGCCCUACAUGGCCCCGGAUGCAGGAGACCCCAGGACCAGCCUUGGCCUCCCGCGCCCGCUUCCAUCCCCAGCAAGGCCAGGAGCAUCUGCACCCACUCGUCACCACCUGAGCCCGUCGGAGUUUCAGUGCCCGCCUUGCCCUCUCCCUUGGCAUGAUGUGAGACCAUCCUGCCUGCCAUUAAAUUAGUAUCUUUCUCGGG